AUGUCGCCUCAUCUUAUCCCUCCUUCUGCCACCGAGGGCCUUCACGAGCUCCUUAAUAGUGCCUGUAGAACUGACCUGCCCUGUGCCAGUGUCACGGUCGUCAGUGCCACAUCCGAGUUGUUUCAUCAAGAGACAGUGUCAAGCAUUGAUCAGGACGAUGAUGGGAAGUUGGUGCACAAACAUGAAUGUGCCGACGAUCGGGUCUACUGGUUCGCCUCUUGCACGAAACUCGUCACGGCCAUCGCUUGUAUGCAGCUGGUGGAGCAGAAAAAGCUCACGCUGGAUGAUGGUAGUCAACUGGAAGGACUUUGUCCCGAGCUGCGAGACGUCAAAGUCCUCGAGAGUGAUGGGUCGAUGACGGAGAAGAACAAGAGCAUCACACUGAGGAUGUUGCUGACGCAUACUUCCGGUUUCGGAUACUCGUUCCUCAAUAAGAAGCUCGACAAGUACAACGAAUUCUCUGGACUGGCUCUGGACAUGCAUCAACCACUGGUAAACCAGCCAGGAGAGCGAUUCGAAUACGGGAUCAAUAUGGAUUGGGCGGGAAUAGCCGUCGAGCGUGCCACGCAAACCAAGCUUGGCGACUACAUGCAAAAGUACAUCUUUGAACCAUCAGGCAUCAAGGACAUGUCUUUUCUCCCAUCCAAGGACAUGAAAGAACGCCUCGCCGGUUUCUGGCAGCGUGACGGAAAAGACGGUCUGAGCCAACGACAAUACCCCCUGAGCAAACCCUUGGUCCCGGAUCAGACGCCGGACAUGUUCCAGAGUGGCGGCGCCGGGCUAUGGGGGACCACACGCGAGUAUAGCAAACUUCUGAGGGUCUUAUUGAACGACGGGACCUCUCCCAUCACCGGAAAAGCCAUCCUCCAGCCCGACAUGGUUAAGUUGAUGUUUGAGAACCAACUGGCUCGAGAUCCUGACUUUGCUCGUACUGGUCUCCCGGCGGUGAAACCUGAGUUGGUGCACCCGGCUGAGGAACUAUAUCCGCUCUGCCCGGGCGGUGAGCCACAAGGAUGGGGCCUUGGCUUCAUGAUCUCACCGGGCGUGACGGGCCGUUCUAAACACACGGCCCAUUGGUCCGGCCUGUCCAACUGCUUUUGGUGGUGCGAUAGGGAAAAGGGGGUGGCAGGGAUAGUUGCAUCCCAGCUGCUCCCCUUUCCCGAUCUCAAAGCAGUGCAGCUCUGGGCAAAUGUGGAGACGGCUAUCUAUAACGGUCUCGAGCAGGACUGA